AUGCCGACCAAGAUCAACGGUGCUGUUCACCAGCCGCUUGCCAGCCCCCUGGUCAGUCGCAAGGGCUCUCAGGCUCACACCGCGACUCUGGUCGAUGCUCACGUCGAACCCGAACAUUCGUCGGCACCCACUCUGUUGGCAAAGUUCAUCGAGGCUCAGAAAGAGCUUCAUGCGUUCAAGAGUGGCCAAGCCGUCGUAGUAGACGGUUGCGCACUCUCCAUACCUGCUGUAACAGCGGCUGCACGUUACGGUGCUCAGGUCGUGCUCGACAAUUCCCGGCCAAUCAAAGAGCGCGUUGCAAAGAGCAGGGCUGUCAUAGUCCACAAAGUGGCCUCUGAAAGCAGCGUCUACGGCGUCAGCACUGGUUUCGGUGGCAGCGCCGACACACGUACUGAUGAUCCGCUGGCUCUUGGACAUGCACUGCUCCAGCAUCAGCAGUGCGGUGUGCUCCCCUCUCAGACACACAGCGCGCCCCUGGUUUUGCCUCUCCUGGAUCCCCUGACCUCGACGAGCAUGCCGGAGUCAUGGGUUCGCGGUGCAAUCUUGAUUCGAAUGAAUUCGCUUAUUCGCGGGCAUUCCGGCGUCAGAUGGGAGCUUAUCGAGAAGAUGGGUGCUCUGCUUCAGGAGAAUAUCACGCCGCUCGUCCCUCUUCGUGGCAGCAUCUCAGCAUCUGGAGAUCUAUCGCCGUUGUCAUAUAUCGCGGGUGUCCUUAUUGGAAACCCUUCUAUCCGGGUCUUUGAUGGCACCGCCAGAUUUGGCUCUCGUCACAUUGUCUCCUCGGCGCAGGCGCUCGCAGCUCACGGCAUCGAGCCCAUACCACUGUCCUCGAAGGAGCACCUCGGCAUCCUCAACGGAACAGCGUUCUCCGCGUCAGUCGCCGCUCUGGCGCUGCAUGACGCCGUGCAUCUCGCGCUGCUGUCAGAAGUCUGUACGGCGAUGGGAACAGAGGCGAUGCUUGGCGCGCAAGGUUCUUUUGCACCCUUCAUACACGCUGUUGCGCGGCCCCACCCAGGACAGGUCGAGGCAGCGGCCAUCAUCAAUGACCUGUUGACGGGAACACAGCUCGCGGUGACUCAUGAGGAGGAGAAACUGAUCACCGACGACGUCGGCGAACUGCGACAAGAUCGAUACCCCUUGCGGACGGCCGCUCAGUUCCUGGGUCCCCAGAUCGAGGACAUCAUGUCGGCGCUCUCAGCAAUCACGCUGGAAUGCAAUUCGACUACGGACAAUCCCCUGAUUGACGGGGAAGCUGGGACUGUCCACCACGGUGGCAAUUUCCAGGCCAUGGCCGUCACUAAUGCAAUGGAGAAGACGCGGCUUGCACUGCACCACAUUGGCAAGCUGCUGUUCGCGCAGUGCACGGAACUGAUGAACCCGAGUAUGAACCGCGGACUUCCACCGAACUUGGCCGCGACGGACCCGUCCCUGAAUUACCAUACGAAGGGGAUCGACAUCCAUCUUGCUGCGUACGUGGGUGAGCUGGGCUAUCUUGCCAACCCGGUGUCAACCCACAUUCAGUCUGCGGAGAUGCACAACCAGGCCGUAAACUCGCUCGCUUUGAUCAGUGGACGCGCGACAAUCAACUCCCUGGAGGUCUUGUCGCUUCUCACCGCGAGUUACCUGUAUGCUCUCUGCCAGGCGCUGGAUCUCCGCGCGCUGCAAAACGAGCUAGAGGCGGGAAUGCAGAAGAUCGUGCAGGCCCAGCUCUCGAAGCACUUUGCUGCUCACCUGGCGGCGGUGGACCUGGAGAAGCUGUUUGCUGCCAUCUGGCUCGCAAUGGACUAUGUCCUGGCUGGCACAAGCACGACGGACGCGGCUCCGCGGAUGCGGAAGGUCGCCGCGGCGAGCACCACCCCCAUCGUCGAUUACUGCUUGACGCACGGUGCGGCGGAGGCCUUGGUCCAGAUCCCCGAGUUCCGCAAGAGUGUGGCGGACCAGAGCGAGAAGCUGCUGGAGCAAUUGCGGGUGGCGUACCUCACCGGCGAGCGCGGGGCAGCGCCUGCCAGUCCUCUACUGGGCAAAACGCGCCCCGUGUACGAGUUUGUGCGCGUCACCCUCGGUAUCAAGAUGCACGGAGGGGAGAAUCUGGACAAGUUCGACGGUGGUCCGGGCGUGGAUGAGGUGUCUAUUGGACAAAACAUCUCCCUUAUCCAUGAGGCCAUUCGCGAUGGGAAGAUGCAGGACGUUGUUGUGGGUCUGUUUGACUAG